AUGACCAGAGAGACAUUAUUUGUGGAAUAUUCUUCGUGGUAUUUUGACAUUGUUUUGGCUUCUUUCGAAAAUCCCAUUGUUGGUCGAAGACAACAUUCUGGCAACACAGCGAAGUCAGGCAUCAACCGAAAUGGCCGUCCUCCGCCAGACCCCAACAACCUCGGCCUCGAAGCCCCCAGUUACGACCCGAGGCGAGACUUCCAGCCCCCUCCUCUGAACGGCACCGCCCUGGGCCAGAGAGACCGAGGACCAUGCCGUUCCCCAGGGCGCGUGGAACCGGGGAACCUGACCUGUUACUCGUGCAAGCUGGACUUCAGACCGAGGAACUACAAGUGGGACCAUCCCUGUCUCGGGCGCCACUCGGGACUCCCCGUGGACACCGAGUACCUGGUCGCGUGCGGACCUAAUGACAAGUACUGCAGGGUGGAGAGAACGGAAGUCAACGGCAUCCUGAUUUUACUCACGAGGGAAUGCACCGACGAGUGUUACUACGGCUGUCGACCCAAAGGCUUCGGAAUAAACUUCGAGUCGUGUGCUCAGUGCUGCAAUAGCCACGCUUGUAAUGACAUGUACCCGGAGAGUGCGGCGUCUGUUCCCAGCGUUAGUAGAGUGGUUGUUGGCUGGUACCUCGUUAUCCUCGGUUUCUGUCUCUUCUAAGGCGUGUCUUGUGUGUACCUCGAUUUUCUUU